GAACACAAGGGUCAUGAAUCUAUGCACCUAGAAAUGUUUUUGAUAGCAAUGGUGUCGCUUUUCUUUUGCCAAAUUAUCUUAAUGACUUGGAAAAAGUAUCACUUUCGCUCAUAUCAACUUGUCACUCUAAUUGCAAUGGUGAUAGUGCCCAUUGUAUAUAGCCUUGUCAGUUUUUUCUUCAGAUUCGUCGUUGUAUGGUUUUUAUUUCAUUUGGUAACUGGCUCGAUGGUGUUUUUAGCCACCAGGAAAAGAAUUAGCACUUCAACACCUAGGAAGGUCUAUUGGUGGUUUCUAUUUAUUCACAAGAUAACAUAUAUUCUUGGCGUUACUGGAUAUUUUAUCGUUACGCUUACAAUUUUCGGUGUAAAUAAUAUGUUUUAUCUAUCAGCAAGUACCGCAAUGGAUAUUGGCCUUUUAUUAUUAUUUUACGGACUUUAUUUUGGCGUUAUAAGCCGUGAUUUUGCCGAAGUCUGUUCAGAAAGGAUGGCAGCGCAUAUUGGGCAACAUAUUCUUUUUAAUUUUACCCUUUAUUUAUUUGAAUUGAUCCAUAUCUUCACCUUAUUUUCUACGCACAGAUACAAAUCUCCUGACGCCUUUCCUGUCUUUCAUUAA